AUGAUAACUGAGUUCUCCCUUGUCACUGUGGUUUUGUUCAUUGCAAGUGGAGUGCUGCUUUUUAUUCUUCUGUUUUUGCUGGCAAAAAGACACAUUAUGAGAGUAGCUUUAAGGUCAGCCCGCAAACCUCAUGUAAGCAUCGGAGCAGAUGCACCAAAGGCUUUGAGGCAGAAAAUUCACCAGUACCUAGAGAUGACACAGAAAAUAUGUCAUGAACCAACUUUACUCUCAGAACAAGUGCAGAAUACAGCACAUUCCACAGAGAACCAUUACUACUAUCGCAUGAAAGCCUUGGACACAUUUACCAAUGCAGUGACUACACUUCAGUGGAGUGACUCCUCUGUGCCUCGCCGUGAAGCCAAGCAAACAAUUCAGAGAUACCUCUUCUGUUUAUGUCCUUCGGCAGUAGGAGGCAAGGAUGCAGCUGUCAUAGAAAAGUUUGCAAAAGCAUAUAUUCAUGCUAGACAUAGUCCUGCUAUGUUCGGUGAAAAUGAGUUCAUUAAAUACAUGGAACUAUUGGACAAGUUGAUCAGAUUAAUUAAGCUGGACCAGAGGAGACGGAGCAAGAAUAUAAAGGCUGUUGACUUAGAAGUUCAGAUUCGAAAAGGUUCCAAGGGAAGUGAAAUUGUUACACAUGCCAAAAAGUGUGAAAAUAUUCCCCUAGAGGAAAUAAGACACAGAGGAGCACAUGCAGAAUUACAAAACCAACAGCAUAUGAGGGAAAUCUCCAGUGGGUAUAGCAGCACUGAUAGAUCUAGCAGCCAGGGCAGUGCAGAGAGGCUCAUUUUGUGUGAAGAAAGAAAGCUUUAA